AUGGUACGUCAACCUAAGAAGCUUACGGACUGUCCGGAGAACCUCCGGGAGUCCAUCGACUGGCUGAUACAGGUUAGGCAUGGUGGAGAUAGGAAAGGUCUACAGAAAUUGGCUGAAGCUUUGAAAAAGUUUAUCACUGAGGCUAUUGAUGAUGCUACUAGUAGUCUUGAACAGAGGAAACAACAACUUGAAUGUCCCGAAAAAUACUAUUCUGAUCGUGAGUCCUCCUAUUGUCAGACUCAGCAGGUUGACAUUCAGAAGCUUGAAGAUGAAAUUGCUGGAAAUUCUGUAACUGAAUUUGAAAAAUCCAAAAAGAAAUCCAAUUUAGAUAAGCUUAAAAAAGAGAAAGAUGACCACUACAAUGAAGUUCAUUACCUUACUGAUGAUGCCAGAAAUAAAGCCUUGGGGGAUAUUGAGGAGCGAAAGAGUGAGCUUAAAGAUCUUCAAAGUAAACUUGAAGCCUUGGUUGGUUCAAAAUAUUCUAAUAUUAAUCCUGCAGCAAAGCUUUUAGAAAAUCUCACUGAUGGCUUAGAAAAGUUUUUAGGUUUCAAUUCAGAUUCCAAAGGCUACGAUGGCAAGGGAAUCGUGUACUCGGACCUUGACAGGCUCUGUGACGCGGUGAUGGCGUUCUUGCACGGGGUGUUGGACAGUGUGAAAAGUGAAGAUGUUGUUGUAAAUUAUGAUAAUCAUAUUAAAAAAAUCCAUGUAAACGAUCAACUAAGUAGAGUUCUAGGCUCUCUUAAAGCUUCCGUAGGUCGGGGGUCUGGGGAAUUUGGUACGCGGGUUGGCAAUGUGGCUGAGUGGCUUAGGAGGUAUGAUGAUGGGGUUAAGGAGAAAAACAAAGAAGUUACAAGACAAUUAGACGAGUUCCGAAACAAGGAAAUCGGAGACAAAAUGACCGAUAUCAACAUAGCACAGCACAAAAGCCUGCGGGCAAUCCACAAGGCAUAUGUCCAGGCCAUUACAGCGCUUGGUGAAAGUAUAACUGAGCUCAAGAGCAAUGAAAAUGGAUUCGCGGCACUUGAUAAAGACCUAAAAUCUAAGUUAACUGUGCCUGUCGAAAAGAUAGAUCAGGGAAUUAUGAUGUUGAAAACGUCUUCGGAGAAUAAGAUGUUGGCUGAUCAGGCUAAUAAAUUGGAUGAGGCUGUGGAAGAGCAGAAGAAGACCAUUCUACAUAAAUUGCAUAUGCAGUUCUUGGACGUAUCGGCGAAAAUGAGCAACUUAAACGGGGUGAAGAGAUAUCACUUUGAGAACAUUAAUGAUAAGUUGAAGGAUUUUGGUGUUUUCAUCGACAAUAACUUUGAUAGGGAUUAUAAAGAACAGAUUGCAUGGACAUUUGAAGAGUUCAAAUUCGCAGUUACUAACGCGUGUGACACUUUAAAUGCGCAUAAGAAUGCGCUUAAGGCAUUGGUGACGGAGGCGCAGAGACAGUUUGAUAUCAUUAAAAUUGGGGUUAAAGCAGGUUUUAUAAGACAAGGCAACGUAGAUCUGAGUAUAGAGGAUAAUUGGAAGAAGCUCUGCUCUAAGCUUGAGACUAUUGUUGGAGAUGUGACCAAGAAAGGUCAAAAGAAGCCGGAUUCGCUUGCUGAUAUUGUAGAAGAAGUGCACAAGUAUGCUAAAAGGUAUGGUGAGGAUUUUGAAAGUACCGUGGCAAAUUGGGUGGAGAACAUUGUGAGAGGGGAAGCGGUGAAAGGGUUAUUUGAGAAGUAUGUUAGUAACAACCAUGGGAGGACUCUAUUUCAGGGUAGUUUGCAGGAUCAAGGAAACGGUGACAUACUUCAAGAAUUGGCUCCAAUAGUUCAGAAGAAGAUCCAAAUUGCUCUUGGUGGAAUCACCGUUGAUAAAAAGCCUGGAAUCAAGACUGGUGUGGAUGAAAAUUUGUCGGAAAUCGUACAGUAUCUUAGAGGCUACGCCAAGGAUGUAGCGGGUAAGCACACUCAGAUAGUCGAAGAUAUUGAGAUCGCACUAAAAGGGGAUCCUAAGUUCUCGUUGCAACAAAAUGACACCUUCAGAUCUGAUCUGCAAGCUGCCGUUAAAGCCACCCUAGGCGCCAUAAAGUCUGCGGUGGAAGGAGCGGCAGAGGAAAUUGAGAAUUUCAGGACUAAGUCGCAAAUUAAGAAGUUAACAAAAGCAAUAGCAAGUGUCAGUUCAAUCAGCACCGAAAUUAAUACUGGUUUGGUUACGGGAUCUUUAGGCGGUAGAAUUGAUACGUCAUUGCAGGGCGUGAAGGGGGCGAUUGAUACGCUUGAGAAACUGAUACAAAGCCAAAGUGGUGAAAUUGAAAGGAAUAUAAAGGACCUUAAUAGUGACGUUGAAGCGCUUGAACAAAUUAAAAAGAAAGAUGAGACGCAGAAUGGCAUCAUCGAAAUCAAGAAAGGUGAAGUGCUUGAGAAAAUGUUAACGUUAAAAAGUAAGCUCGACGAGAAUCUUUUUCAUAUUCGUCAUGCCGUUAGCCAAUCUGAAUCAAUGCUUAACAGUGCUAUUAACGACGUCAAUGACGCAGUAUCCGAGGCCCGUGAAAAAUCCAACGAAGCCAUCACUGAUGCUUUCAACGAUAUCACCAAGGAAAUUAGGAUAUUAUUCUGCAGGUAUAAAAUAGCCGACAUAUCCGCGUUCCGUGCCCUCGUCGACGACCAACUGCUAGCAGUGCAAAAAAUAAUCGAGAUGGACGAGGUCACGGGCCUUAAAGGCAUGUUAAAUAAGCUGAAGGAGAAAUAUGUGAAGAAAAUUGAGACAAAUAAAUUUGCUGCCAAAUCCAAAUUUGAAGAUGCUACAGAAAAUAUAAAUAAUGCUUUCAAAUUCCUCUUCGGAAGUUUGGAACGCCAGACGGAUUUCGCAUCCGACUAUGGUAAAGUGCAGCCUUCACAACAUGCUUUGAGCAACUUACUUGAGAUGCUUAAAAAGAGUCGGCACUUUGAUAAUCACUUCACCACUCAUCUAGAAAGGCUGAAUUAUGCGCUACAUGACUUCGUCCCAAGGCGCUUUGCAAUGCCAUGCAGCAUCCUCCUCGACGCCCUCAGGCGCGGCAUGUCAGACUUCGCCCAGCAACUCUCCCACGCGUACGUGAACGCUUACAGCGGGAAAAUCCCUACAGAUAGCUGGGUGGAAGAUGACACAAAGUCCACCAAAAAACCAGCGGAUAAAGUCCUUUCCACUGAGGGCCGCAACUGCGCCAAGGUCUGCCUGACCAUACUGGAGACACUGAAUGGAAACAUGAAAACGUUAAGGAAAAGGUGUUAUCCAAACACCACAGGCGAGUGGCAUAAUAAACAAAUCAAUACGCAUGGCAAGAAUCCCCUUGGCACCUUUUUUGAGAAAUGCGGUUACAAGGUUUCCAAGGAUACUAAGGGCCACGAGGGACAUUUGCUCAACAAGUCGAAGUGCAACGGCAAGUUUAUUCACGGUCUCCUUUGCGGCGGGAUAAUAACCAAAAAUGUUUUCGUAUUUAAUACUAACAAUGAUUUUGAAGGCAGCCCAAUUAGGAAGCUGCACACCCAUCUUGGCACGUAUUACCGUGUCUCUCACCACUACAUUCCUCCAAAACCCAGGGCGCCGAGUAGCAUCUAUCAGAUGCUGCAAUGGCUCCUCGGGUUAUACUUUAAUCCGAUGUAUCAGAAACUGGAGGGGCACAUUAGCCAAUUGUUUACUGGGCUAAAAGACGAGUAUAAGUUGAACAGUGAUGCCUUCGAUAUCAUCGUACCAGACGAUAUUAAAAAGGUAAUAACAUCACGUCUCGACGCCAAACAAUUGAUCAAUUCACUAAAAAAUGUCUGCCUGUACUCCGAAGACGCUCUGAUCGGCAUCCUUGGCCGCGGCCAUGCCGAAGGGCGAUACGCAUGUGAAUUCUAUGUGAACACAGAUAAUUUAUUGUACCCUGGUAGCCCCGCUGCGUGUUUCGAUAUGCUGUCAGACAUAUUGAAUAGAGUCUAUGAACAGUUGUGCUUCGUGUACAAACAGUGCCACAAUGACUACCUAAGUAGCGGUUGGCGCGAUUGUCACUAUGGCAGGUACAUCGGCGGGUCAUCAUGGAGCUGCAAUAAGUUCCAAUGUCCAAACCAAGACUGUGAUCAAAAGCACAACCAAACAUGCGGCCAAAAGCCAGACCAACAUUACGGCUGCGGAAUCAAGUCACCGCUCCAAUCUUUCCUGGAAGAUGGCUUACCAGGCUUUUUGCCUCACUCAUUCAAAGCGCCAGGCUGUAAGCUGGAAUGUACUCUGCCCAAUCAUAGAGGCAUCCCGUGUAAGACGCCAAUGGGAUUUGGUGAUAUCGGUGUCACUGCUUCGCAUACGAAAAUAGGCAAAGACCUCAAAGACGCGCUUCUCGUUUUCUGCGGCCAUGAAAAAUCUCACCUUAAUAAGCUCUGUAGUUACUUGCAGUGUCUACUACGCCGGCCGCCGCAAACUCUCGGUGACAUGUUUGCCUUUUAUCAUAGAUUCCUUGAGCAUUGGGGUAGUAAGGAUGCCAUGUAUAAGAAGACAGCAUUUGAUGAAUCUGUCCGAGGUGCGAAUUUCGGUGAUCCUCAAACAACCUUGAAUGUUGCCUGCAUACAACAAUACAGCGCACACUCCGGCAAAACGCAUGAACAAGGUGAUUUGUUAGGCCUUCUCAGAUGCAAUCAAAAUAAAAGCCCAGUGGUCCCCUGCGGAGCAUACCUGCAGCCCCUCACUCUGGGCAUUCAUGAUAUAUUUUCGGAACACAACGCCAGUCGAUACCUUUCGUGGAUUGUUUAUAUAACAGAAACGUUCUAUGACUUACUCAAAAAAUUAUACGACGAUUGUUGCAAUAAUUGCAAAAAACCAAGCAGCAGAUGCUACGAUAAAUGCUGUUCUAAGGACUGUAAUGUGAAAUACACUGAUGAUUCCGGUAAUCCCAAGAAUCCAUCAACUAACGACAAGCAUACUGCAGACUGCUACUCCAUUGUAAAAUGCCGUAAUGCCCAUCCGACCCUCUACGCAUACGGAUUUACGUUCGGCAGCCCAAAUGAUUUAAGUGGUAGUUAUGGGCCACAAACGAGGCGCACUUGUAAGGACUUCUGCACAGCUCUCCAGAAAGUUAUCGCAGGAGAAUCCGUUCUCAUUCAACUAAUCAAGGAAAUCGAAGACUUCAUCUGGAAGAUAAGACAGAAUUUCUCUAUAACAUUGUUAGCCCUCUGGUCGCUGUCGCUCCUGUACCUGCUGCACAUCACCGUCGUCCGCCUCGACUUACUGAGGAUUCGCUCCCACUUAAAAUCACCUUCAAGCCACAGGAUCGCCGCACAGUCGCUCCUCGCCGCCGCACGCGUCAAGGCACUCGGCAAGAUAACGUACCUACAGGCGUGA